UCAACAUAAUAAUAGCAGUAGAGGUGUGUAAGUAUGGAAGGAGGGGGCUGUUGUGACCACUGUCAGUAUCGCUGCUCUUCUCAUUGGUCCAGUAGAGUUGAAUCAGGAACAGCACCAGUCAUCACUGGAACUGAAGUCUCUCUCUCAUCCUCUCUUCCUCAUUCCCUCUCUCUCUCCUUCAGAUCUCUCUGUAUCCCUCCAUCUCUGAAGCGUCGGCAGGCCACCAGUUCACAGCCACAGUACUGACUGUCUGUCGUAAGCCCUGGGACCUGGACAUAGCUGCUGCACAGGGUGAUGGAGAACUUUACGGCGGGAGGAGAAUCGACCACAGAGACAGGAGGGAUCCAUCUGAACUGCAGCAUGUCCGGGAGACAUAACUUCAUCUUCACCCUGAUCCCGGUAGUGUACGGCUGUAACUUUGUCAUCGGCAUGGUGGGGAACAGCAUGGUGGUGGUUGUCACCUACCGUUACAUGACGCUGAAGACAGUGGCCAACGUGUUCGUCCUCAACCUAGCCAUCUCAGACCUUACCUUCCUGAUCACCCUGCCCAUGUGGGCCACCUUCACAGCCACAGGCUACCAGUGGCCCUUCGGUGGGUUUCUGUGUAAGGCCAGCGCUGGCCUGGUUAUGUUUAACCUCUACAGCUCCGUCUUCUUCCUCACCGCGCUCAGCAUCGACCGCUACCUGGCCAUCGUCCACCCGGUGAGGUCGCGGCAGCGCCGUACUGUGCUCUACGCCUGUAUCACCUGCGUCCUGGUUUGGCUCUUCGCCUUCCUGCUGUCCGUCCCCACGGCCCUGACCAGAGACCUGAUGCUGAUCACCAACUACAACAUCACCACGUGUGGCGUGCUGCACCCUGAGGGCUCCAGGCACCUCCUCGUCGCCAUCGGCCUGAUGAAGAGCAUCCUUGGUUUCCUGUUUCCCUUCCUCAUCAUCAUCACCUGCCACUGCCUGAUCGGUGGAGCCCUGGUCGGGGCGCGGAGCAUCCAGAAGACCAGCCGGUCGAGAGACGAUGAGGCGUUGAGGAUACUGGCGUCGGCUGUCGUAGUUUUCUUCCUGUGUUGGGUGCCCCACCAGGUUUUACACUUCAUGGAGCUGCUGGCCCAGCUGAAGGUUGUAACUAACUGUGUGAUAGUGGACGUCAUCGACACGGCCAUGCCCUUCACCGUCUGCAUAGCCUUCCUCAACAGGUAG